CUGACCACCAUCAUGUCCCAGUCUGCAUACUACAUCGGCGUCGACGUCGGAACGGGUUCUGUCCGUGCAGGCCUCGUUAAGACCGAUGGCACCAUCGUCGCGUCUUUCACGGAGGACACCACCACCUGGAGAGAUCAGGAGGAUCACCGUAUCUUCGAACAAUCAACCAACGAGAUAUGGGCGGGGAUGUGCAAGGCCAUCAAGGCCUGCUUGAAGGAGGCCAAGGUCCAACCAUCCGAGGUCAAGGGCAUCGGUUUCGAUGCGACUUGCUCGCUCGCGGUCGCAGACCAGAACGGCGAACCCGUCGUCGUCACCAAGGGCGAUCAGCUCGGACAGAACGGCGAUCGCAACAUCAUCCUGUGGGCAGACCACCGGGCAGAACAGGAGGCGGAGCUCAUCAACAGUACGGGAUCCGCGGUGCUGGACUACGUCGGUGGUACGAUGAGUUUGGAGAUGGAGAUUCCGAAGACGCUCUGGCUCAAGCGUAACAUGAAGCCAGAGCUCUUUAAGCGCUCCCAGUUCUUCGACCUGCCCGACUUCCUCACCUACCGCGCGACCGGCUACAACCGCCGCUCAUGCUGCUCCGUCACGUGCAAGUGCUCGUACGUCCCCACCAAGGGCGGAUGGCAGCCCGACUUCUUCAAGAAGAUCGGGCUAGAGGAGUUCGUCGAGAACGAGUUCUCACAGCUCGGCAAGGAGGAGGUCCUAACUGCCGGCAUGCCUGUCGGAAACGGCCUGUCCAAGAAGGCUGCGGAGGAGACGGGUUUGUUGGAGGGCACGCCUGUUGGGAGUGGUGUCAUUGACGCGUAUGCGGGCUGGCUGGGAACGGUCGCGGCGAGGUACAAUGUCCAGGGCAAGCUUUCUGACGUCAUCCCCUCCCUCGAUGAAUCGAGACAUAGGCUCGCUGCCGUGGCCGGAACGAGCACUUGCCACAUUGUACAGAGCCCCGAGGGUGUGUUUGUCAACGGCGUGUGGGGUCCCUAUAAGGAUGUGGUGUUUCCCGGCUGGUGGAUGAACGAAGGCGGCCAGUCAUCGACCGGUCAGCUCAUUGACUUCAUGAUCACGACCCACCCUGCCUACCCCAGACUGAAGGAACUUGCACAGCAACGGAACACCAACAUCCACGAAGUUCUUCAUGAUGAGCUUGAGAGAUUGCGCGUGGAGAAGAAGGCCGAGAACCUCACGGAACUCACCAAAGAUCUCCAUUUCUAUCCUGAUUUGCACGGCAACCGUUCACCUCUCGCAGACCCUCGGAUGACCGGAUCAAUUGUGGGUUUGCAACUUGACUCCGGUCUCAACGACCUCGCACGCAAGUUCAACGUGACCCUGGAGGCAAUCGCGCUGCAGACGCGACACAUCGUCGACCAGAUGAACGCCAAGGGGCACUCGAUCCGCUCGAUCUACAUGUCCGGCGGCCAGGCCAAGAACAUCAUGCUCAUGCAGCUGUUUGCUGAUACGUGCAACAUGCCCGUCGUGCUUCCGCAGAGCUCGGGUGCGGCCGUUGUGCUCGGAGCGGCGAUGCUGGGGCGAUUCGCGGCGGAGGCGCAGGGCAACGAGGCCAAGCUCGCGAAGGAGAAGCGCGGACAGGCGCUUUGGGAGAUCAUGGUCGAGAUGACCCCUCCAGGGACGAUGGUCGAGCCGGCUGCAAGCCUGAAGGAGAAGAAACUUCUCGAGGCAAAGUACAAGAUCUUCCUCGAGGCGAUCAAUAUCCAGAGAAGAUGGCGCAAGGAAAUGGAGGAGGCCGCCCGGUAGAUGCGUCGUGCGGGAGCCUAAAACAAUUGUUCGGAACGGACGAGGUCAUGAUAGACAUCCAGAAGGAGGUUGUAAGAACAUUUAUGAGCUUGCUUUCCCCUGAAGCCGUUCUCCGCCGUUGACUAGCCGGAAGUCGGAAUGUUGGAUGCUGGUCGCAGUGUCCAGAAUCAUGAUAGAUGUGAAGAUGAUGCCAUCCGAUGCUCUCGAGUCUCGGAGACGAGCGUUACAUUUAGGAGCCAGCCAGAACCCGGGACAUCACGAGAAACAACACAGACGACUACAAUUAUAGUUACAACCCGUACGCGGGAAAUGCGAUCGCGACGAUACUGGAAUGCAGAGCAACCAGGCCGGACGUCCCAAGCCUGACCGACGGACCGACGUAGGUGUCCGAGGAGUCAUGAAACAGCACCACGAUCAGAGCGGAAAGAGGAAACUAGCGUGAUCCGGGUGGCGAAGGGUACAUGCUCGAUGCCACGCUUGGGGCAUCGAAUCCCGCGACCCACACCGGAUGUCAGAUGUCUAUAUGCGGAGCGUCCGUAUCGCGAGGCGCCAUUGCAAGAGUGGUUUGGUGACUGCGGUCCAGGGCGCGUCUCAAGGUGACGUUUGCCCUGCGACGAGAUGCGACGGGCUGCUCACUGCCUGAACAGCCCGAAGGUGCCCCACUUGUCGUUCGCCGACACCCCAGGCAUGGUCGACUUCCAAUUCUGGUAGCGCCGCCAGGGGUGCUCCUCGCCACGCCUGUGAGCCGCGUGCGGGCGGUCCUCGGGCCAGUAGCUCUUCCACGUUGUGCUGGGGGGAGGAGACGUGGGCGCAGGGUCGUACCGGUCGCGCCGGUUCCACGGCUGCGAGGGCGAGUACGGGACGUAGCGCGGCGAGCCGGACUCGCGGAGGACGGUGCCGUGGUCCGCGGCGUAGUAUCGCACCUUGGCCUCUAUGAGGCUCGCGUCCCGCCUCACACGAUAGUGGUCGUUCCGUUCGCACACCGGGCUGCCGUGGUCUUUGGAGGAUGUGCGGCGCGAGGGACGGGGAUAGGGGUAGGGCGAGGACCGGUUCUUCCGAGAGGGCGUCGCACCGACGCGGCCGGUGUGGGUGUGCCCAGAAGCGUAUGCGGAGGGCCCGGCCGACGGAGGGGUGAUGAUUUCCGAGGAGUCGUCAGAGUCAGAGGAGUACCCGUCGGACGAGUAAUCGGGGUACAUCAGGUCCGGGAUCGCCGCCGCCGCGUUGGUGGCGGGGGCGGGCUCGGGAACUGGGUAGCUGCGUUCGGCGCGCUCGGUGCGCGCGGGCACUGCCGCGGUCUUGGGGACGGCGGACGGCUCGCGGUCGCGGCGCGCGUAUCGCAUGAAGACGUCGUAGUGCGCGAGGAUGGCGGUGUUCGUUGGCAUGACCUUCCAGUCGAGCGCAGACAGCACCUCGCGCUCGAUCCGGGUGAGGUCCUUGAUCGUGAAUUGCUGUCCGAAUACCAUCCGCACGAGCUGGAGCCAUUGUUCCGACCGGUAGGAGGGUUCGUUGAUGCUCUUAUGCGCUAGCAUGAGCGCUCCGAUCGCGAGGCGUUCGCAAACGCGGUCGCCCAUGUCGUACGCGCUCAGUCGGAUUUCCGAGAGAUAGACGAUGGCCGUCAGGAUGGUGCGCGUGUCCAGUGCCCCGCAGGUGAUGAAUGUGCAGACAUGCUGCAUGACGAGCAGCGUCUUCAUCUCCAUCGCCGCCUUGUACCGCGACGCGAUCACCGCGCGCGCCACCGUGUUUACGAGCAUGUCGAUGAAGUAGUCGAUGACACCGAAGUUGACUUGGGUGCUGACCAUCUCUACGACCUUCUCAUCGAGGUGAGCCAAGGGUACCAGACUCGUCGGUUCGUUCAUGUUCAGGGGACUCGCCCCAGAGGAAGUGGAAGAGAAAGCCGCGGCAGGGGUAGUAGUAAGGGUGAAGACGAAACUCAUCGUGAAAGCGGCAGAGAUACGGUGGCGGAGCCCGGGUCUUUAUGAGGGCAGAGGCACUGGAUAUAUCCGCGAGAAAACUGCAGGCAGACGCUGCGGCGCU